AUGGCAGUAUUAACCUCAGCAAGCGGCAUUCUCUCGUUGCUCGAUGAGCCGCAGCCCGAUUUGCAAGUAUACGCUCUCCAAAACCUCAACAACCUUGUCAACGAGUUCUGGGCAGAGAUUUCUGACUCGGUCGCCAAAAUCGAGAUCUUGUAUGAAGAUCCCCAGUUCUCUCAACGUGAGUUGGCCGCUUUGGUCGCAUCCAAGGUUUAUUAUCAUCUUGGUGAACUUGACGACUCCGUUACGUUUGCAUUGGGUGCUGGCAAGUUCUUUGACCUGACUGAAAAAUCCGAAUACGUCGACACAAUCAUUUCAAAAUGCAUUGACAAGUACAUUGAACAACGAACGCGUCAGCCUGAAAACGAAGCCGAAAUCGAUUCGAGAUUGCAGGAUGUGGUCGAGCGGAUGUUCCAACGUUGCAUCGAUGAUAAGGAAUACGAACAGGGCAUCGGCAUUGCAUUGGAGGCACGACGCUUGGAUGUCGUAAAGACAAUGAUUGAAAAGGGUUCUCCCAGCAAACUCUUACCCUACGUCUUGGAAGUGUGCAUGACGCUUGUUCAGAACCUCGAUUUCCGCAACCAAGUCCUCAGACUCCUUGUAUCAUUGUACCGCGAGUUGCAAGAGCCCGAUUAUAUUUCCAUCAGCCAAUGCCUUGUCCAUUUGAACGAUCACAGCGCUUGUAACGAGCUUCUUCAAGGUCUCAUUGAAAAGGAUCAAGAGCUUAUGGCAUAUCAAAUUGCAUUCGACUUGGAAGAGAGCGCCACUCAAGACUUUUUGCUCAAGAUUAUCAAGGAACUUCCACAACCUGAAACUACACAAGAAGAGGGCUCUGAUAAGCCUGCAAGCGGUCCUUUCCAAAAGAUUCGAUCCAUUCUCUCCGGCGAAGAGACCAUUCGUUUGCACCUCGAAUUUUUGUAUAGAAACAACCACACUGAUCUUUUGAUCUUGAAGAAUACCAAGAAUGCAUUAGAACCAAGAAACUCCAUGUACCAUUCAGCUGUCACCUUUGCCAAUGCAUUCAUGCACGCUGGUACCACCAUUGAUGAAUUCCUUCGCCAAAACCUUGAAUGGCUCUCCAGAGCAACCAACUGGUCCAAGUUUAGUGCCACCGCUGCCCUUGGUGUUAUCCAUAAGGGUCAAUUGGCACAAUCCAUGAACUUGUUGGCCCCCUAUCUUCCUCAAGAAGGUGGCAAUAGCAGCAGCGUAUAUUCUGAAGGUGGUUCUCUUUAUGCACUUGGUCUUAUCAAUGCCAACCAUGGCAGCGGUGUCCUCGACUACUUGAAGAAUGCAUUGAAGGAUACCCAAAACGAGGUCAUUCAACAUGGUGCUUGUCUUGGUCUCGGUGUUGCUGGCAUGGCUACUGACAAUGAAGAGAUCUACGAGGAAUUGAAGAACACCCUUUUCAGUGACAGCGCCGUUGCUGGUGAAGCUGCUGGUUUGGCCAUGGGUCUCGUUAUGCUUGGAACUGCCAAUGGUGAAGUCAUUGAGGAGAUGUUGCAAUAUGCCCAUGAGACACAGCACGAAAAGAUCAUCCGUGGUCUUGCUGUUGGUAUGUCACUUAUCAUGUAUGGCAAGGAGGAGAAGGCCGAUACUCUGAUUGAUCAACUCUUGGAUGACAAGGACCCUGUGCUUCGAUACGGUGGUAUCUAUACUAUUGCUAUGGCAUACAGUGGCACUGGAAACAACAAGGCCAUUCGCCGAUUGCUUCACGUUGCCGUCAGUGAUGUGAAUGAUGAUGUACGCCGUGCUGCAGUUACUGCUAUUGGUUUCAUCUUGCUUCGCAACCCCAAGCAGGUGCCUCGCAUUGUUCAACUCUUGGCCGAAAGCUACAAUCCCAAUGUCCGAUAUGGUGCUGCCUUGGCUCUUGGUAUCUCAUGCGCCGGCACUGGUUAUCUUGAUGCUCUCGAGUUACUGGAACCAAUGACAAAGGACCCUGUUGACUUUGUUCGUCAAGGAGCAUUGAUUUCUCAAGCCAUGGUGCUCAUUCAACAAACCGAUGCUACCAACCCCAAGGUUGCUGGUGUACGUAAGCAGUUUGAGAAGAUCAUUAGUGAUAAGCAUGAAGAUUCUAUGGCCAAAUUUGGUGCUGCCAUUGCUCAGGGUAUCAUGGAUGCUGGUGGCCGCAAUGUUACGAUUUCCUUGGUAUCUCGAAAUGGUCAUGCAAACAUGCCUGCCAUCGUUGGUACUGCUGUAUUUACGCAAUUCUGGUACUGGUAUCCUUUCACACACAUGCUGAGCUUGGCAUUCACGCCCACAGCUGUCAUUGGUCUCAACAAGAACCUCGAGACUCCCAAAUUUGAAUUUGUCUCCAAUGCCAGACCUUCCUUGUUUGCUUAUCCACCACAGAUCAAACCACCCUCCGCUACUGUUGUCGAAAAGGUGGCUACUGCUGUUUUAUCUACAACUGCCAAGGCCAAGGCUCGGGCAAAGAAAUCAGAAAAGGAAAAGGGAGAUAUGAUGGAUGUCGACAAGGAACAACCUGCUGCUGCUGCAUCAUCUUCUACUGCUGCUGCUCCCACUAAGGAAGACGCCAAGGAAGAGAAGCCCAAAAAGAAGCGGGAAGAGAACUUUGAAGUCUUGCAAAACAUGGCACGUGUGGUACCUGCUCAAUUCAAGUAUAUCUCAUUCAAGGAGGAAUCUCGAUACACACCUCUGAAAAAGAGCAAUGUUGGAGGUAUCGUCAUGCUACUCGAUAAGAAGCCUGGCGAAAAGGAGGAUCUCAUUCAGCCUAGCGCACCUUCUGGAGAUGGAUCGGGUGCAAACUCUGCUGAGGAAGAAGCACAACCUUUCGAACCAUUUGAAUAUCCAUUCGAGGACUAA